UGGUCAUGUAACCACAACUCAACUCUAUAGAAAUCUUGAAGAACAAAAAGUUACAUAAUGAGCCAGCUUCUUCUGAUUUUCCUGUUCUUAGGAAUUCUUAACUGUGAAGCACAAUAUUUCAAUACCAACCCAUAUGAUUACCUUGAAUUAGCCUUAAGGUGGCCAAACUCAUAUUGCUUAACACACGAUGGUGGUUGCAGGGAAAUAGUUCCCCAAUAUUUCACUAUUAGCUACCUUCGUCCAAGGCAAAGGGAAGGACCUGAUAAGCAAUAUUGUCCCUCCCCAUUUACUAUGCCAAAUAGCACAAUGGAGGUGAACAAAAAUGAUCUGCUAAAGUUUUGGCCUGAUCUAAGAACUGAUAACUUCAUUGAGAGCAAGUCAUUAUGGAGGGACCAAUGGAGAAGGUUUGCGUCAUGCUAUAAUAUGUUGCCAAAUGAUUAUAUUGUUUAUGCACUCAACAGCAGAAAGAGAAAUGACCUUAAGAAAAUCUUGACAAGUGCAGGUAUUGUUGCGAGUGGAAAUCCAUAUCCAACACGAAGGAUACUACAAGCUUUCAGAAAAGCUUUAGGUGUUAAUGUGGACAUAAUUUGUGAGCCAGAUAGAAGUGGCAAUGUUUAUCUUGCAGAGGUUCAUCAAUGUGUUGAUGUUUCUGGAACAACGCUUAUAGACUGUGACAAUAAAGCAAGAGGAUGUGAUGAUGACCCCAUCUUCCCUUACAUGGGAUUCCAACCAGACAAAGAUCCCAAUUAAAUAACACUAUGCAAUUAUAAUCUCCUAAGUUGUAUUACCCCUAAAACAAAUACAAAAAUAAGGGGUUCUAAGUGUUUGGCAUGGAAAUGAUUAUAAUAAAAUAAAAUUUAGAAAAUAUUUUACCUCA